AUGAAUCUGGACGAGAUCAUCGAGUCUUUUAAAGUACGAGUCAACAAGCUGACACAGGAUUGGGAUGCGGUAACGUCGACGUCAUUGCACACGCUGGACGACGAGCUCAAGCUGCUCAAGGCUAAGCUCGAUCUGGUUCAGGAGCAGAACUCAGCGAUUAUUGUGGACCUGGACCACAUCAAGAAGGUUUUGAAUCUGGACGAUGACGCCUCCAACAACGUGUUCACGUUGCUCAACACGCCCGGCGAUGGGCUGGGCGAUGCGGCCAACAUAGCAGCCAAUGCUGUGGCAGCUGCGACGCUCGAUUCACAGCAGCAUUCCCCCAACACUCCACAGAGCGAGACCUCAUCACACCACCCGCAUCAUCUUCCCACGCACGCGCUGGACGUGUCUUCCAUCAGCUCCCUAGCGACUUCGCUGGACGCAGAUUUGCACCCAUUGAAGAAAAGACGCAUGUCGCUGACGUUGAAAGGCGAGAAGGAGACCCGCGGUGAGCACACACUACCGAUAGGCAACGGGCCUGGUAUACGCCGCGGCAGUUGUGCCAGUGGCACCAGCGCUAGUGUAGCGAAUACCGAUGUAGCGGCCAAUCGUGUGGAAGAUGAAGAUGGCACCGCAGUUGGUAGUCACGGUGGUAGCCAUCAUGAAAACCACCAAUCUAGCCGUGAUCUGGUCAAUGAUGAGAACCGCGAUGACGUGGAUUUGAAUGACGACGACGCAGACCAGCGUACCAUCGCUAACCAUGCCCUUAAAGCGAAUAAGCCUCGCGCGGCAGGCUUUUUGCAUAUGCGUACCAAUGGUGAAUCUUCUGCAUCUACGCAUCACCAUUUGGCGCGGAGACAACUGCCUGCGGUGCAUCUACAAGAAAUCGAGGACUAUGAAUUGCAAAUGGUAGACAACCCGAAAUCGGUAGCUGAACUUUACGCCGAAUUCGACAACAGUCUUAAAAUGCAAAUCAUGGACUUCGAGAAAAGGUUUGGCAAGGGUCAGCUAUCAAGAAUUCCAAAGAUACGAACGUAUCAGAGAAGAAGAGCAUUGGUCAGUGAGAUUGACAAAUACGCAAGAUUCACCAAUAAGUCCACAGAGGAUGCCAUUCAGUUUUUUGAAAGCAUCCGUAAUGAGAAAAAUAAAAGUGUGGCCUGGUUGUAUAAUAAUUUGGGUAGAGUUUUAGCCGAAUACCUUUGA